GUGAUGUUAUGUGCCUUUGUAACGCAAAGCAAGUUAAUCAAAGUUUAGUUUAGCUUUUAAUAUUACAUGGCAGGGCUUACUUAUUUUAAACAUGAGUAUAGUAACAGCAAUAAAGACAGUUUUAUAGAAAACAUAAAAAUAUUUAACGGCUCAACAAUGGGUAAUAUGUAUAAUGUAUUUAAUUAAUUUCAUAGGCCAUAGGACUACGUGGAUUUUUUGGAUUUGACCGGAAGCUAUUUAUUUAUUGACACCUGAAGUUUCAUAUUGACUGUGAUCAAACAGUUCUGUUAAAGUUAAAGAAAUGAGUGUUAUUGCUUGUGAACAACAAACGCAACUUUAAGUGUCAUUGUUGAAAUAAUAUAUUUAUUAAAAGAAUGGCAUCAUUUAUUGGUAAUUUGUUUAGAAUUAGAAAGGUUACAAAACUUUUACUUUUGUCAAAAGUAAAAAAAAAUUUAGAUUAAGAAAGUAGACUUAAUGGACUUAAAUUAGUAGAGUAGGCCUACACUAAAAUUGUAAAAAUUUUACUUUCAGAACAUACAAACAGUUCAGUUCAAUUAUUAAACCUAGAUUUAGUACCAUCCCCUUUCCUGAUGUAAUUUCAACCGGUACAUUUAAUUUAAGGCAAAUGUAGCAACUUUAUAUUAUUGAAUUGUAUUACUAUAAUUUCAAAUAGUCUAAAUUUGCGUCAAGAAGUGUCUUCAUCAUAUAGUUGCCCCCUUCCUGACCUAAUUUCAGACAGUAAUUUAAUUUCAUGGCAAAUAUAUCAACUUUAUUGCAUCCCUAUAGAAAUACUACAAGAAUAGUCAAUGACAUGACCUGGACCUGGGGUCCCUUCCCCCAAGUAUCAAUAAAUCACAUGUGCUACAACUACUACAAUAACACACUGUGGUGAAGAAAAGCAUAAAAAUUAAGAAAAAAAAAACAAACAAAACAUUUCAUUAUUUUAAAUAUAUUCAAUGUAAUAAGAACCUUACAGUUUCAUCAAAGACACUAUUACACAAUUUAUUACAGGUUUCCAGUAAAGUCAAAAUCCAUUAAUCAUUUAUUAUAAAAAUUAUCAGACUUCUGCUAUCAGCCUCACUUUCAAAAUUAAUUAACUUCACUUUUACAUAUUAAUUAAAAAUGGCGUCAAUUAAAAUAUUUCCUCUCCAUUAACUAUUCACGACUAAACAAGGGGAGUGAUCACUCAUACACAGAAACUCGGGUAGUAACAGAUUCCCUAAAUCCCCACUGACUGUGGUCUAACCUGGAUGGGGAUUUUAUUUAGCAAUUACAAAGCAUUGUGGACCGGACAUUCUGGGAAUCAGUGAUUCCCUUAUCUGCCACGGGCGGAGGAUGUGAUGUGAGAUCAGCCAAUAUUUAUGUGUACGGUGUAGUUUAACAUGACAAACUCAAAAUUAAAGUUUAAAUGCCAAUAGGAAAAUAAAAAUAACCUAUAACUAUAGGGGCCUAUUAAAUAUGUAAAUAUUUUAAAUCUGUUGAAUUUUUAAUAACUUUUGACUAAUUGAUUUUUAUAAAUCUUUACCAUCUGCAAAAAUACAUUUUUUCUUUAACCCACGAACUGUGGCAUGUAUCAUUCUGUGGUGUGGAGCUUUUUAGAACGUUUUGAGUGCCAUUUGACAUUGCAUUAAAUGAUAUAGAAAUAUUGAUACAAGACCCCUGUAAGUAUAUAUUUUUAGAAAGGUAAAUGGAUGGGGAUCAAGUUGACCAUAUUGCCCACCCCGUAAAAAAAUUUUGCUCCGUGUCCUUGACCUUGGAGUUCUCAAGAAAAAAAAAUCUAUCAAAUGUCUUGCUUUCAAGUGCUCAUAACAUCAUUAAUUUUUACAGAUAGGGCCUACACUUAAAACACAAUACAAAUGUUGUAGCCAAUUCAUUUAUCUUUAAGAAAAUGUAUAGUUUGCUAAGGUUUUGAUUGCAAUUAAACCUCUGAAAGCAAUAUUAGUAGUUUUAGGUCAUUUAUAUAAGAAACUGGGACCAUUGCUAAAACCAACUACAAAAUCUCAGGCAAAAUAGUUAUUAUUGACUAGUAAACAUUUAAAGAGGAACUGUGGAAUUGAUUUGGGUUGUUUAACUAUAAAAUUUAUUCUGAACUAUAAUUAUAAUCUGUAGCUUCUGUGACUAAAAUUCAGUCGGUCCUUGCCCAACCUCCGGGCCUGGCUCGUAGUCUAACAGUAGCCUUAGUAGGCCUACUUCAGAAUCACUAAGACUAGUUUAAAAUUCACGAGAAGAAUAAUCUCAACUGAUAUCGUCAUGGGGAAUAUUAAAAUCAUCAUCAGUAUCACUUAAAACCUCUCCUAAAAAGCUUUCAAACAUAUUUCUAUUAGUUCUUGCACUGAAGGCCCAGCCAUGGCUUCAACCAUUUUAGCGUUAAAAAAAUAAGCGAUAUAUAACUCCGAUUAAAAAGUAUUUAAUUUCAAGUUAUCACGAAACAGCUUGAACCUGAAGAUGAUUUAAUUAUUUAUAAAAGGACGUGGCUAUAAUUCCGAUUAAAUAUUGGAUUGGAAGUUGCUAUCGGACCGUGUCUUUUAUUAGCCGAUUUUUUUCGGCCGACAACAGUUGGUGGGUUAAAGUUUAAACUUAAGUUCAAUAAACUUUAGUAGUUAAAAUGAUAUAUUUUCAACUUUUCUGUCACUUUCUUAAAGCUGGUUCUCUUUAGGUUUCAUUGAGGCAAGGGAUAUAUAUAUAAUGUCCUCAAGGGAUACAGGCAUUAGUUCAGAUGGUACAGAUUCUGAGGAGAGUCGAACAGUUGAAAUUGAAAAAGAGACAAAUGAAAAGUCUGGAAAGAAAUUGGAGGAUCUUCUGAAAAAUGAAGUUUACAAUUCUGAUAUGUUAUGGAGUCUUUUUGUUGCAGCUGCUAAAAGUUAUAGAUUUAGCUCUAUUCUCUAUCCAUUUCCCCCAAUGUAUAUAUCUGACAUGGACAUUGAAGAAAGGAAAAACAUUUUUGCUUUGGUAAAUACAUUUCUAGUAAUCAGCUCUUAUGUAAUAUACCAUAAAUCUUGAAAAUAAUUUUUUUACCUCUAGUUACAAGUGUCUGUUUAACAAGUUUAAUCUAAAAUUAAAAUAGGUAUUUUUCUUUUAAAAACGGCUCUUCAUCUGUUGUCCUUUCAGAAUUUCUUCUUAAUGAGUAUGAGUGAAUGAAUUUUGUAAUUUCAGAAAGAUGCCAUUUCAAGAGUUCCUAAGUUUUCAUCAAGUCCUAGUGUUGUAUCAACCCUUUCAAAAGAUUGUCUGGAACUGCUAUCAUGGGUGUUACUCACAAAAAAAUUUUCCUUAAAGCUUUGUGAAAAAGACAGCUGUGUAAGUGAAGAACAAAUUUAAAUCACUGAUCGAUCUUUCACUAAGUAAAUUUUUUUACAUCUUUUUUUUUUUUAAAGUAGAAAAGAACAUUUAUUCAACCUCUUAUGAAAAUGUGUGGCAAAAAUUUUACAAAGAGUAAGAUUCCUUAUUAUUUGUUGACAUUUCAAUAUCAGUAAGGCCUUGUUAAAAGGUAGCUUUUAUUCUGCAAAUUAAUUUUAAGACUUCACAAAAAGUAUUUAGAUCUAGGUACUUAAUAUCACCAUCUUGUUAAUUGUAAAUUUUAAAUAUUCCUUGUCGCGAGUUCUUGUUGAUUUUAUGAAUUAAAGUUUAUAAAUUAUAAACGUUAUAUUCAGUUAAUGUGUGUAUUUAACUUUAACAGUUUAAAACUAUAAAAGAGCUCACUGGGCAAGUUAUGAACACACCAGAACCUGCCUACAUCUUUGAAGUUGUCCCUAGUGCAGAAAGGGAGAGAAAGUUCAAGGAAUUAACAGGCUCAAAAAAGACCUUUUACGCAUACCAUGGAAGUCGUUUGGAUAAUUUCUUCUCGAUUCUUCACAAUGGGCUAAAUACACAUCUAAACAAAGUACAUAGGUUAUUUAAUUUUAGUUUACCCUUUUAUCUGAAAAUCAUAUGCACUGAAUGUUAUCAAAAAAAAUAUAAUUUUUUAAACAGAAAAUUAAUUUUUUCUGUGGCCUUUUAUCCUAUACCCAGUACAAUAAAAAAGCCUAGCAGAUAUUAAUUUGAUAAGUAGUUUUCCUGUUUUAUAUAGGAAAAUAUAUUUUAAAAAUGCCUGUUUUAAUUAUUAUCUGCAAUUUUCUUAUUUUUAUACUUAAAGUUUAAGUUGUAUUUUUCAAUAUAAUCAGGUAUCAGUAUUUGGAGAAGGUACCUAUUUAUCCAGUGAACUCUCCGUAUCGCUUAUUUACAGUCCAACUGGAGAAGGCUGGAGAAACAGCUGUCUUGGAGUAAAGCUGUCAUGUGUGGCUGUAUGUCAAAUGAUUGAUGACCCAAGUGUUAAAUGCCAAAUAAAAGAAGGUCAGAUAAACUUAUGAAGUAAGGGCUAUACCAUUUAGUAUUCACUAACAAAUUCAACAAACAAUUCAUAAUGUUAUUCAAAAAGAUUUUCAAAAGUGAAUUAAAUGCCUAUUAUUUACACACACAUAAGGUUGAAAUGAAAAAUAGGACUUGCAAAAGAUAGAUGAUAGUUUCUCUAAAAAUAAUACUUGAAAAACAAUUUCAUUGUGCUUUCAGAAGAAUAAUGUUUUGUUUUAAAAUUAUUUUAAAAUUCAGCACUACAUAACAAAGCUCAGCAAAUAUGUUGUUCGUCCUUCGCAUGUGAAUAUGACCAAGGCUAUAUUCAACGAUGAGUGCGCAGGUGGCUAGCAUCUCCAAUUUGUGCUUGGAAAGCUUUGCUGCACAUAAGACACACAUGUUUUGAGUCGCUUGUCCUUGCAGUGCACUUCCUUUGGGCAUGAGCUGUGUGUUUUCUCUAUGAAGAUUGUUCUCCAACCUCAAGUUUGCCUCAUCAACUUGUAUGAUUCAUAGCAUUUCCCAUGAAUUCAGGUUGAUGUCCAUAGAUUUGAGUGAGGCUUUUAACAGUCCUUCAAGUAUUUUUUUUUCCCAUCAGCUGAGCGCUUCCCUUUGGAGAGUUCACCCAACAUUAGUUGUUUAGGUAGUCUGCCGUCUGACAUUUUCGAAACAUGCCCGGCCUAUUUACAGUCUUUUUUUGUAGGAACAUUUGAAAGUCAGCCUGUUGUAAGACUUCUGUAUCAGGGACUUUGUCCUGCUAUCUUAAUCUUUGCCAAAAGGUUUGCAUAGUCUGUGUAGGUGGAGAUGGUUUUGUUGUGUAGCAUGUCUGCUUUACACCGUCACGACUUGCUAACAUGUAGGAGAGUUGUUAAUAACAUUGCCCUAUAUACUUUCAGCUGAGUGACACGAAUAAGACCACUUCGCUCCCAGACACUCUUGUGGAGCCUUCCAAAUGCAACAUUUGCUAUGGAAAUUUGGUUGCUGAUCUCAUUAUCUAUUGUAACUGACAAGGAAAGGGUCAUGGCCAAAUAUGUGAAUUUUCCCACUGCUUCAACUUCAAGAUUACUGUCCCUUCUUUGAUAUGUUAGGUUCUUUGUAAGCUUUUCCCUGGAGCUAGCUUGUGCAUGAUCUGCUUUUUUUUUAUAUUGAUUGUGGGCUUUAGUUUUAAUCAAGUAUUUGCUGCAUCUUAUAGGAAGGCUGUCAUUAUUGUCAAGAAAAGCCUCAGUCAGCAUAGCUGAGAAUACCAUGCUAAAAAGUGUUGGGGCUAAAACACAGCCUUGUUUUUUGGCAUUGGUUUCAAGAAAAGCCACAGAUUCAUCUCCAGAAUCCAUCACGGAGUUGACGUUCUAUUGUAAUAAAUCUACUUGGGCACCCAAACUUCCAUAGGCCUUCUCUGUUGACAUAGUCAUAUGCCUUGGUCAGAUCAACAAAGGGGAUGAACAGGCCAUUUUGUUGCUCUUGACAUUUUUCCUGGAGCUGGUGUGCAGCAACUAUCAUGUCAGCUGUGCUCCAUUCUGUAUGGAAUCCACAUUAGCUUUUAGGAAGUAGUUCCUGUUCAAGUUGUAGUUGUAGACGAUUAAGUAGGACUCUGGCCAAGAUCUUUCCAGCUAUGGAAAGGAGAGAAAUGCCUUGAUAGUUGUCAAAGGUUUGGUAACUGCCCUUUCUCUUGUACAUGCAUAUUAUAAUUGCAUCCUUGCAUUGCUGAUUAGUACCAUCUUCCAUAUCUACUCAUAUAGCUCUGUCAGUCUUUUUGUCAGGACAGGAUCUCCUGCUUUGUAGAUUUCAAACGGUUAAAUUUAUUGCAAAUUAAAUUAUUUUUAUCUCCACAUCAGCCUUUUUGGCCACAUCGGCCAUGGUUCUAUAAAAACCUUUAUCAUAUCAUGUAUAAAUAUAAAAGUGAAUGUUUGUGGGUGGGUUUGUUCCACAAAGGCUUUUAAAUGGAUUGAUGGACCUUGACCAAUCUUGGCACAUAUAUCCAUCAUGAUCCAGAAGGAACUCUUAAGGGCUUAUGAACUUUUUAUAACAUUUCGUUUGGGGCCGGGGGCCCCCGAAUUAAUUUUUUUCCUCAUAUCCGCUAUAUAAAUAAAAUUAACAACAAAUAAUCCUACAUGAAUGGAUGGAUCUCGACCAAACUUAGUACACAUACACUUGAUUAUCCAUAUUCAAAUACCGAAGGGUACUGAACUCAUAAUAUCAUUUCUUCUAGGGCCGGGGGCCCCAUUUUAUUUUUCCUUAUAUUGCCUUGAUAAAUUUCAAUAGGCUUAAUACUCCUACAUGAAUAGAUGGAUCUUGACCAAACUUAGUACACAUACACUUGAUUAUCCAUAUUCAAAUACCGAAGGGUACUGUACUUAAAUAAGCUAUAUAAAUAUCAAUAGGCUUAAACAGCACAUUAGGUUCUAUGUGAAUUGAUGAAUCUAUGCCUAGCUUGGUUGCAAUACCCUUCAUUGUCCAUAUUGAAAAGUCGGUGGAUUUAAAACUAAGAAUAUUCGUUCUUGAAUUUUCCAGAAAGUUCAAUCAUUUUAAAAAGCAAUAUCUAUUGCAUUUUAAGUAGAUUUUAAUGGGACACAUUUUAAUUUUUAACUCUAUUAUUUAUCCGUCUGAUAUUUAAAGGGCCCCCUAUCUCAGGCAAAGCUAAAUCAGUACAUUUAUGGGAUGGGCCCCCCGGGGCCCCAUGAUUAACUUUAAAGGAUUAUAAUUAUGGUAUUUGUUGAAGAUUUUUAUCGCAGUCAAAAAAAUAAUUAGAAAAGUAGUUUUACACAUGUUUCAAGCAGGUUAUUAAAUUUAAUCUAGAAUGUUCCAGAAGGUUCUAAAUUGUUCCACGGGGAUAUAUAGUGGAAUCUAAGGGAUAAUGAAAUUUUAGUUAGUUCUAUUCAUCGCUAUACUGUCCCAGAGUUUUUUUUUCUCUCAGUAACACUGAGUAAGUUUUUUUAUACGGGAUCCCAUCAUAAUCUUUAUCCCAAAGGGAUCAGGAUCCCACCAGAAAACGAGAUCCCACCUGGAUCGGGAUCUCAACCUUGAAUGGAUCCACCGGGAUUGGGAUAAAACCGGGAAGCGGGACUUCGCCGGGAUCAGUGUCAGAACGGGAUUAGGGUUCCAAUGGGAUCGGGGUCACACAAGGAUGGGUCCUAAUGCAAACCUGUGCAACGCGGGGUAUAUUGGCUAGUAACCUAUAAUACAGCAAUUUUGCAAAACAUUGAUUUUUAUGAUAUUUAAUUGAUAAUAGAAUGACCCAUAUGUAAGCCAUGAGGUAAUAUUUUUGUUAUGCUAAUUUAGACUGUGUUAAUAAGCUUUGCAUUUUUUAUUUUUAGAUUAUAAUUAUGUAAAGUUUAUGGAUGAUUGAUGUUCAGCUUUUAUUUUAUUAACAUUGAUUGCCUGUAAAUAAUCUUAUAUGACUGAUGUCUUAUAAAUAACUUAUAUGGUCUUUUAACAAUAGGGAGCAGAGAAGUAGAUAUGCAUUUUAAAAUAUUUCUUUCCCUAUUUGUUAAUAGUAAUUUUACUUUUGUUAGGAAGUGCCGCACAGCAGAAGCAAAGAGCUCAAGCUUCAAGAGUAACAGAUGCAGUCCCUGAAAAAUACUACGUUGUACAAAACAAUGACGUUGUAAGAGUUAAAUAUUUAUUGGUUUACAGAGAGGAAACACCACAACCUGAGUGAGUCAAACUCAAAAUAAAAUACAUAAAAUAGUUGAUCUAAUAAGAUGAAGUUUUUACUCAAGUAAAUAUACAGUUUAUUUUUCACAAAAUUAAAGAGAAUAAAACGCUUUACAAAUCUGAGUUAUAUUAAAGAUUAUAAGUAUAAGUGAAAUAAGGAAAAUAGUUUCAACUAAUCUAACAUGAAUUAACUGACAAUAAUUAUUUUACUGUGACUCCAAAUCUUUAGUAAUAGGAUAUUAUACAAAUUUAUAUAUUUAUUUUUUUUGUCAAUCGUUGAAAAGAUCGAAACGUAUGUUGUGUUUUUUUAAACAAUCUGUCCACAGCCCCACGACAAGACAAUCUGCAUAUUCGUGGUGGAGAGAAUACAAAUUUCCCUUAUUGAUGCUGGCUUAUUUUGUCUUUCUAGCGGCAAUAGGAUUAGCCAACUCAAGACAAGCUGUCAACACAUUGACUCGUUUUUAUAAAUCUCUAAAGUUUUCAUAAUCUUCAGAUCAGUUUUGGAUUAUCACCAAUAUUUUCAACGGAGAAAAUUUUAAAUAUCAGUGCCAACAUUGAAAAAUGUUAAAUAUUAAUUAUUUCUCUCCACAAUUUAUUUAGUAAAGUAAGAAAAAUUAACCUUCUGGCAUGUGCAUUAUUUAUUUAUAAAUACAAUAUUUUGAUAAUUUUCAAAAUGAGUAAGUUGGGGUUGUUGCCACUGUUUAUCAUGCAAAAAAUUUGACCAUUGGCCAGCGACAUAGAUUUCUCCCUAGGUUGUACAAUUGGUCUUGUACAAUCUCUUACUACUUUUUUUGUAUGCUUUCAAUUUAUUGAUUUGUAUAGUACAUCACUUAACAGACAACUCUACCAUUCAAGAGAAUACUUGCCAUGUUUGCAGGGCCUAUAAUUCAUGAAGGUUUUGAAUGAAAUUACUACUUCUCAAAUGCACUCUGUUUGAAGUUUGAUUCUUGUUCCAUUUUGUUGUCUCUGUCUUUUCAACAACAAAAAAAUCAUUGUCAUUAGUAUCUUCUUCAUAAUCAUUAUCAUCCUCAAUUUACUUUCCACUGUUGAUUUUCAACUGCAUCUUUCUGUGUCAAGCUCAUCUUUAAAAUCUGCUUAUACUACUUUAUCUUCAUAAAGUAUUCUUUCAAUUUCCUCUAUAUCCUUGAGAUUUGUAAGAUCUAACAUUUUCUUACCACCCUCCAUGUUAGACAGCAGAAGCAACCUGAAAUGAAAUAAGGAUCAGUAUAAAUAUCUUGUUUGGUCGCAAUGUAUCAAUUUAAUAUUUAUCUACUAUUUAAAAACACACAUACAUUAUUUAAAAUUAAAUUAAUAUAUAAGUAUACACAUAUAAAUAUGAAAAAAGCAACUUACCAGAGCAAGAAUAUAAUACAACUGUCAAGCUUCAAAAAGUAAUGAGCAAAUGUGUGGUGUAUGCAUUUGAACAAAACUGCCAAAAAAUGCACUCAAAUGGCAUGUACUGCACAAUUAAUGGUCUUGGCUUAUAAAGGAAUGGAAAUAUUAAGCUACUGAUAGGUAGAGCGCGCUGUAAUCUCUCAUUAAAAUGUGCAAAACAAAAAUGGUUUGUAGUGUAUCAAUAUGAUUAGUAGAUGCGUCCGCCGGUAGGUUAAACUAUUAAAAAUCUAUAAUAAUGACUUUUAAAAAAACGACUUUCUUAUCCAUUUUGUAAAGAAGUUAAUUCAUAAAUUUUAUGAUUUUGUUAUUGUUGCUGUUCUAUGCAUCCAAUUAGCUUUGGGUAUAAUUUACUUAAAAGUUUUUGAUUUUAUUGCAUUUUUUUGGUUUCAUUAUACAUCAUCUCAACUAUAUUUAAUAAGUAAUUUGAAUAAUCCAUGCUAAAUUAGAAUUCUUGCUAACGAUCUAUGCCUUAAACUUAAAGAGACAGUUAAAAAGUGAUAAGACAUAUUUUGAGAUGUUGAUCACAAGUUUUGUUUAGGUCAGCUGUCAUUUACAAUUAUUUUGUUUAUUUUAGUGUUUAGGUAACUUGAUUACUUAUGAUUUCUUACUCAUCAGUAAUAAUCUUAUUUUUAAGCAUUGACCUUAAAACUUAAAAUCAAAUUUGAGCCUUGGUAGUUAAAUAAGGGGCCAUCCAUAUAGUACUUAUACACUGAGGGGGAAGGGGUGUGUGUUGAUUUUAGAGGGUGGGGGGUCCUCUGCAGCAAAUGUGUACAUCAUGUAUUCAAUAAUUGUAAACUGAAAUUCUGAUAGUCCACAAAUAUCCCUUUUUAUGUCCAAUGCUAAAAAAAAUUGUUAGUGUUGCUUUGUGUAUUCACAAGUGAACUAGCUAGAUAUCACAUUAGUAACCAUAAUAUUAAGUCCAGUGACUUAACUACAAGAAUGGCCCCUGACUUUGUUUACCGUCACCAGAAAAAAACAGGCAUUUGAAGAAAAAAAAAUUUUAAAUCACCAAAUACAUGUUUCAUAUCACCAUAGGUGAAGUCUACUACUAACAAAAAAUAUUGCUUAAUUGUUAUUUUCAACUUUUUUUUUAGUUUUGAAGAUGGCAUUUUGAUUUUAAGAUUCCAUUAUUAUAUAAUUAUGCAUCUGCAAAAACCUUUGUAAUAUUUGAUAUUAGAUCCUUUACACACCCUCAAUUUUUUUUAAUUCACAGUAUUACAAAUGACAAGAUCAAGAAUUCCAUUUUAUGUUAUUUGAUUUUGAACUUUUAAACAAUAAUGCUGCUGACUUGAAAUGAAAAAAUAAAAUUCCUACACAUUAUAUUUCAAGGAGUCUCAUUAAGGAUGUAAUGUAGUAAUGAAAUCAAAUGUAAAUUGUGCACAGAGCUAAAAUUGUACAGAUAAAACUUUCUCUGUGCAGGCUUUCAACAGCUGUUUAAAAACAAUCUUUCAUUUAAAGCUAAUGUCAUAGGACUCUUAAGUGUUUCAAGACAUUUGAAUAUUAUGUUUGUAAUAUUUUAUAACUAAAAUGUAUUUUUUCUACUGGAUGGCAAGCACAGCUCUAAUUUGCUGGACUAUAUGCUCACUUUGUUUAUAUUUAACACUGAAUCAUCUCAGGUUAAUGUACCCACAGUCAUAAUACAUUCAGUAAUAAAAAUAUAUCUCUAAACAAGCUGUGCUAUUCAAAACAGUGAUAAAUAUAAUAUAUAUAUAUAUUAUGAUAUAUAUAUUAUAUGUUAAGCCUCAAUAUAGAAUAGAAUAAAAAUAUACAUCUUUUAUGAGG